CAGUCACGGCCAAUCACCGGCCAAUGACGGUCGCGAUCGCCUUUAUUAUUAUUUUUGUUCAAACAACAAUUUAAUUUAGAGUUUAUUGGUGAACAAAUUUGGUGGCAUUGGUUUUGUGAUUUCUCUAAGAAACAAAAUGGCUCCCAAUACAGAAAAACGACAAGUAAGCUUUCCUCAGUUAGAAUAUCCGAUUUAUCGAGAAGCACAGCCGAAAUCUGCCCAACACUGGUUAAAAGGAAAGAGAAUGCAAGAUGGCGCCGAGGAUUUGUGGAGAAUACAUGACAGUCUUUAUGAUUUAACGGAUUUUAUAUCUUCACACCCUGGAGGGUCACAAUGGAUAGCUGUCAAUAAGGGUACAGAUAUAACAGAAGCUUUCGAAACACAUCAUCUCAAAGGAAUUGCUGAGUCACUAUUACCAAAUUAUUAUGUAAGAAAAGCAACCAAGCCAAGGAAUCAACCAUUCACGUUUAAAGAAGAUGGAUUUUACAAAACUUUGAAGUUGAAAGUCAUGGAUCAGAUCCAAUCAAUACCAAAAGAUGUGAGGAAGAAAAGCGAUUUUAUCACUGAUGGUUUAUUGCUUGCUUUAAUUGUCUUGGCUCCAUUAAGUUGUUGGGGCUGGACCCAAAGCUUUAUCAUAGGAGCCUCUCUAACCCUCAUGACCAGUUACGUUCUGAGUUCUGUGGUCACAUGCGCACACAACUAUUUUCAUCGAGGCGAUAACUGGAGGAUGUACAUAUUCAACUUAGCUGGUAUGUCAUUUAGUGACUGGAGGGUCUCCCAUUCAAUGUCUCAUCACCUACACACGAACACUGCUCAGGAUAUUGAGCUUUCCAUGAUAGAACCUUUUCUUCAAUUCAUACCAUAUAAGGACAAGCCUAUAUGGGCACAAAUGGGUGCUUUCUACUAUCCUCUCGUUUACGCUACGUCCCUACUUUCAAUUAUGGGUCACGAGUUGAUACUCAGUGCAACGAACCAUGAAGGCAAGACGUUAACUUGGAAGAAUCUGAUUCCAUUCUUGAUUCCAACUUGGAUGUACAUAAUGGGUGGCUUGCCUUUACACUGGACUAUUCUUCUCUGGCUAGCCACUAUGGUACCAGCUAGUUUCUUCUUCGUUUUCUACGGGUUAACAGCUGGUCAUCAUAACCAUAGAAACUUCUUUGAAGGGGAUGUUCCUAGAGACGAAAAUAUCGAUUGGGGCAUUCAUCAGCUGGAUGCGAUUUGCGAGAGAAUCGAUUAUGCGGGCAACCAUUUUAAAUCGAUUACUCGUUUCGGUGACCAUGCGCUACAUCACCUGUUCCCGACACUAGACCAUGCGGAGCUCAAAUACUUGUACCCGGUACUUCUAGAACAUUGUGAAAAGUUCGAAUUUCAAUUUAAAACGAAUACUUUUUACGAAACAAUAAUUAAUGCUAGUAAGCAAUUAAUACGAAAACGCCCAAACAACUUUAGAGAUGUAAAGGCGACGAAAUAAGGUUUAAAUUAUUCAAACAAGUUAAUGUAAUUGAAGAAAUAAUACUUACUGUUAUUGCAAUGCGAGGCUGACGAUAAUAAUUUAUAAGGUUCAAUAAAUUUGUAUAUUUAUUAGAGUACAUUUAUAAACAGUUUUAAAAGUACAAUUAUGAAACCUAUUGUAUUAAAAGCUUCUUGCUUAAAUGAACAAACUACAAGAAAUAUGACCAAAAAUAUCUGAUAUUUAGAAUAUGUCGGUGAAGGGUUGGAUUGUUUAAGUCAUGAAUAUCGGCUGUGGAUAUGAAAUAAAUAGACUGCUUACUUUUUA